CUUACAUCGCGAUAGUUGGGGCUAACAUUCCAGCUAACAGUGUGCUAAUUCCCGUAUCUGUCAGAGGACCUGGAGAAGACGGAGAACCAAGAAUCCCCGCGCCCGCCCGUUGAUCCACAGCACAGCAAGCUGGCCCCGGUACGUUCAUCCCGACAUGGACCCAAACACUGCCCAUCGGUCUCUGGCGGAGGACGGCGAGCUCGAAGACGGUGAAAUCUGCGACGACGAAAUCGAAGAGAGUGUUCCGGUGCGGCGGGGGGAUGGGAGAAGGCCGCGCGGCGGCGCUCGUCCCCGGCCAAGAAAGCCGCACAAACAACCGUACAUACGACCGCUCAUGGACCACUCGUUGCCAGAUUUCAGCCUCCGGUUGCCCUACAACCCCGGACCUCACCUCCACGGCCCGUUCCUCCCGAACCACCGGCAGCUAUGCGAACAAAACGUUCCUGAACGACCUCCUGUUCUGCCCGCUCCACUCGGGAUGUCCAUGCCCCAGUCACCUGGACCUGGUCUGCACUGCGAGUCAAGCCCCCGAUCCAACUUCUGGGAGCGGAGCCACGGGGCCCUGGGACGGUUCAGGCACCGAGUCACACCGAACGGUGGACGCGGGUCCUGGAUUCGAGGCGGUCCGGGUGGGAACAGCAGAAACCCCCCCUGUCGCCACGGACCGGGAGAGAGUCACGGGUCUCCGUCAAAGAAACAGUGGCCUUUAGGGAGGAUUCGGGUCAGGAAAGUACCGGCCAUUUUUGACAGAACCGAUACCAGUAUGGACGAAAGCUUUGAGGACCUUCUGACCAAAUACAAACAGAUCCAGCUGGAGCUGGAGUGCAUCCGGAAGGCUGAGACAAUGGCGCUGGAGCCAGAGUCUUCUCCAGUUUCUGAAGGCCCUGCUGGUGCUGCUGGUACUGGUGCUGCUGCUCCGCCAGACUUCAGACCAGAACCAGAAGGGGCUCCUGAAGGGAACGAUCAGCAGGACAAGGAUGAAAAGAAAGUGUUCCAGGCGUUCAACAUCAAACCUCUGCGUCAGAAACUUCCUACACCUGCAGAACUGGACCAGCUGCACAUCAAGUGGGAGGAGCAAGAAGCAGGUGGUGGUGCUGAGGAACCCCCGAGAAGCUCAGAGGCCCCGGAGUCGGAAGGACCUGGUUCUGCAGAGUCUGACAAAGCCAGGAAACAUCAGGAAGUCAACCCUGCUCCCAGCGAAUCCUCUGCUUCCAGCGAGGACUCGACAGUUUCACCUGACAAGCCUCCAGAGAAGAUAGAGGAGGAGGAGCUGUCAGAGCUGCAGCUCCGCCUCCUGGCUCUGCAGUCGGCCAGUAAGAAGUGGCAGCAGAAGGAGCAGCAGGUGAUGAAGAAUAGCAAAGACCGGAUCACUAAAGCCUCCCAGGACAGAACCUCCAGCUCCACUUCUAGUUCUGGUUCUGGAGCAGCGGCACCGGACAAGCAGCGAGUCAUUACCAGGUCUGCUGCUGCUGCUGCAGCUGCUGCUGCUGACAGGAGCAGGACCAGGUCCAAAGCAGCAGACAGAACCACGACUGGACCCAGACAAGCUGACCGAGACCGAACCAAACAGAGUCCAAAACCUGGUCCCAGAGUCCUGCCUGACCGGGCCAGGACUCCAGGAAGAUCUCACAACACCAAGAGGCUGAUCAGUCCAGGUCCUGCAGCCAAGCAGGCCUUCAGGAAGCAGCAGCUUCACACCUGGAAGUUGCAGCAGCAGAGGAAGCAGCAGCAGGAGGAGGAGGAGCGCCGCAAGCGUGAGGACGAGAUCCGUCGAAUUCGUGACCUGUCCAACCAGGACGAGCAGUACAACCGGUUCAUGAAGCUGGUCGCAGGGAAGAGGACACGAGGCAGGUCCUGGGAGCAGGAUCACAGGAAGUCAGCAGGAAAGCUGGGCCUGGAGGUCUCUGGGAACCUCUAUCAGUAUGACAACUAUGACGAGGUUGCCAUGGACACUGACAGUGAGACGGGUUCACCAGUGCCGUCGCCAGGGCAGAACCUGCCACCUGCAGAAGAGUCUGGGUGUUUCCCUCUGGGCCCGUGUGUGGUGGAGGCUGCAGCCUUCAGCAUGGAUUUACUGCUGCCACCCCCCUCAUCAAUGCUAUCUAGUUUUCUUCCACCACCUCCACCGCUUCCCCCUCCACCUGAUGAAGCAGAGCGCCCCCCCAAACCACCGUUUGCUGAUGAAGAGGAGGAGGAGGAGAUGCUUCUCAGGGAGACCUGUCUGAUGUCCAUGGCCAACAAGCGGGUGGCGACCAACCAGAAGAAUUCCAGUGGACCGCCGUCUCCUACCUGGCCUCCACCUGUAGACGUCCAGCUACUUGUGAGGGGGAACCUGAGCACCGUCAGCCUGAACACGGUUCCUCAGACCCGGAACAGCCGGUUCAGCAGAACCCAUCAUACUGCCAGAGGUCCAUUAGUGCUGCCCAGACACAAGUCAGUAGUGGUUUCGCUCAAUGACUCCGAUGACAGUGACUCUGAGGUGGACACCUGCAGCUCCUCUCAGAUGGUGUUUGGAGGUCUGGAGAACAUGAUUAAAGAAGCCCGGAGGACAGUGGAGGCAGCAAAGCCUAAAGCAGCUUCAGGAUGUGAGAAGGAGAACAACCCAGUCCGAACUCCAGAAGCUCUCCCUGAGGAGAAGAAAGCGGAGUACCGUCUACUGAAGGAAGAGAUUGCUAGCAGAGAGAAGCAGAAGAUGCUGAGGGACCACAGCUGUCCCAGUCCCUCAGCUCCAGAACAGCUUCUGCACUUGUCCCCUAAAGCUGCUGCAGAUAUCCGGCUGGGCGAGGCCGAGCUGAAGCUCCAGAAACACAGAGAGCUGCUGCAGAGGGACGAAGCUGUUCUCAGACACCUGCUUCAGCAGGAGCUGAAGAAGAGGGAGUCUCUGAAAGCCGCUGAAGCAAAGAUGGUCAAACUGAAGGAGCAGCUGCAGGCGUCCGAGAAGAUCGUAGCUGCUAACAGGACGCUGCUGAAAAAGCUGCAGGAGCAGGUGCAGCGGGUGGAGCAGCGGGUGUCCCUGAAGAAGAAUCUGGCUGUCCAACUGGAGCAGGAUCUGAUCCAGGUUCAGGCGGCUGCAGGCAGAGGACAAAAACGUCCUGUAGAGUCCAGCCAGAACCCGCCCAGUAAGCUCCAGCGUGUGGAACCGGGUCGGCGCGGUUCCGAGCGCCACUUCGCCGAGCUGAUCGCUCAGAAGCGACGGUUGCAGCAGCUGGAGUCCGAGUACGCCCUCAAGAUCCAAAAACUGAAGGAGGCUCAGGCCCGGUGCAACAAAGCUCCAGCUCCAACUCCAACCUCUAACCCUGCACCAGACCCACAGGCCCGGCCACUGCCCCCCCCCAGCCCCUUCCACCUGCCCCAGCCGUCCUUACACGACCUUUCUCAGGACAAACUGGUUCUGGACAGCGAGGAGAUCCCAGAGGUCGAUGAUCAGGAGCCAGAACUUGCUGCUGCUGCAGGUUUAGGCAAACGCCGUUCCUCUCUCCGACAGUCCAGUUGCUCCUUCACCAAACCCCACCUGGACCCGUCCAGUUCGGCCCCCCCAAAAGACUGCAGAGCCACCAAGCCGGCUAAGCUGGCGACCGACUUGACGCUCCCUGCUCAGUCGUUUGCCGGUCUGGAUUUGGACAGUCUGAAGCAAAGGUACCAGCAGCAGGCCCGGCUGGGGGAGCUGCUGCAGAUGGAGCUGCACAGACUGGGGGAGGACUUGGACAGCCCACCCCAUGCACAGGUGAUCCUGCUGGAGGCGGAGCCAACGAGCCAAUCGUCCGUCGCUGAGCUCAUACCCAUCCCGUUUGAACAGUACCACAGUCCGCUGCUGGUGUUCAGGUCAUACAGGUUCAGUCCAUACUACAGAACCAAGGAGAAGCUGUCCCUCAGCUCUGUGACCUACAGCAACGCCAUCGAGCCGAACAAGUGCUUCUGCCGCUUCGACCUGACGGGGACCUGCAACGACGACAGCUGCAGAUGGCAGCACAUGAGGAACUGCACGCUGACCGGAGACCAGCUCCUCCAGGACAUCCUGUCCUACAGCCUGGUUCUGAUUGGCUGUUGUGAGAGCAGCUCAGACCAGGAGGUUGGUACUGCCACAGAGAGUUACAUGAAGAAGCUGUUUGGUCCCAACAAAGGCCGCAUGGGGGUGGACCAGAAGGCCGUCCUCCUCGUCAGCAAGGUCAACGAAAGCAAGCGACACGUUCCUCCGUUCACCACCUGCAAAGACACGAGGAGGUGGAGGCCAAAGCCAUGGGCUCAGAGCGGUACCGGCCCAGAUGAGCUCGGCAGCGAAGAGGCAGCUGCUGUAGACCUGAAACCUGCAGGAGUCGAUGACACCCUGAAGAGCAGCUCGCUUGUGUUGGAUGUCAUCACGUCGGAGGAUCGGCGGUACUUCACCAGCGAGACGGACGACAUCUCAAAUCUGGAGGCGAGUGUUCUGGAGAGUCCCGAGGCUACUCAGCUGUGGAUCAAACUGGCCUUCAAGUACCUGAACCAGAGUGAGAUCCCUGCGGCAGAGGGUCUAGAAGCUGCUCUGAACACACUGUCUCGGGCUCUGGAGAGUAACUGUGAGGACCCGGAGGUGUGGAGUCACUACCUGCUGCUGUUCUCCAGGCGAGGCAGCAGAGAGGAGGUCCAGGAGAUGUGUGAGAUGGCUGUGGAGCAUGCACCUGACCACAGAGUGUGGUGGAACUACUUGAACCUGGAGAGCACCUUUGAGGGGAAGGACUACGUCUGCGACCGGCUGCUGCGGUUCCUUCAGGCUGAGGCGUCUUCAGGCGUGACGGAGAAACUGUCCUUCCAGCUGAUGGAGGUUCUGCUCUACAGAGUUCAGUUGAGUCUGUUUUCAGGAAGGAUGGAGAGCGCUCUGGCUCUCCUACAGACGGCGUUAAAGUCUGCUGAGGACCACAGCGUGGCGGAUCACCUGACAGCCAGCGACCGGGCGCUGCUCUGGCUCUCCUACAUUCACCUGACCGAGUUUGACCAGCUGCCAUCCAGCCUGUACGACCCGGCAGAAUCCGGCCCGGCCCGGCUGGUCUGCACAAAGCCCUUCAUGUUGCCAUGGCGGAAGGCUGAGGACAUCAGCACGCCACCCGACAUCCUUGUGGCUCUGUUUAAAGAUGCGAUCCGUCAGUGCAGUGAGGACAUCCUGUCCCCCAGCGAGGGCACGCUGGCCUGCAUGCCACUGCACACCAACCUUCUGUUCCUCUACAAACUGUUGCAACGGUACGAAGAGGGCGUGGCUCUGUGCUCGUCUCUUCUGGACUUGUGUCCGGACUCGUUCCUUCUACGUGACGCACUCGCUGACCUGUACAUCAGCCACGGAAACCCGGAGCAGGCGGUCAACAUGUGGCUUCAUGCUUUAGCAGAGUGUCCCCACGACGCUCGGGUGUUCUACCACUGCUGCAGGUUCCUCAUGGGUCAGGACAAGUCUGGUGCCAUUCCUCCUCUGUUCCGAGGGUUCAUCCUGUCCCUCUGUGAGGACGAGCAGAGUCAGAGGACACCUGUGGACAUCCUGCGGCACAUCCUGGGCUUUCCCACUGAGGAGCUGCUGACUGGUCCCAUCAUUAGGAAGGAGCUGAAGGAGCAGCUGAACCAGCAGAUCCCUUACCUCCACCUGCUCCACUGUCGCUGGAUGUGGCUGCACAGCUCCACAGACCAGGUAGUGGAGGCCUUUGAGAGGGGACUGGGCUCAGUGCAGCAGGAGGAGGAGCUACACACGCUGUGGAUGGACUACCUGCUGUUCAGCAGCAGUCCCAAGGCCUGCAACACCUCCCAGAGGCUUUUCCCAGACUUGGUCCAGCGCUGCCUCAGCACGGUUCCGACCCGGCUGCAGAUUCCCUUCAACCCGGCAGAGUUCUGGAGCUGCUACACCUUCCACAACCAGGUGGUGUCUCUCUACCUGAAGUUUGUGCCUCAGUCUCAGAGAGCUUUGGUUCUGGAGAGGCUUCGAUGUGCCAUGCCGACCAACACCGAACUGGGUCUUAGGUUGUGUCAUCAGGAGUUUGUCAGAGGAAACUUGGAGCAGCUGAAGUUUCAGACCCGCUUGCUGAGCAGCAACGCUCCCAGAUGUUUGUUCAGCUGGAGAAUAGCCAUCGCCGUGGCGCGGGAGCUGAAGGAGCCGAGCCAGAUGAGACUUCAGUAUCAGCAAGCUCUGCAGAACCUCCCACUGUGUGCCGCCCUGUGGAAAGAUUGGCUGCUUUUCGAGGCAUCAGAGGGCGGAGCCUCAGAGCGUCUGCGGCGACUGAUUGACCGCUGUCAGGAAGCGGGGGUCAGCGUGAGUGUCGUGGGGGUCGAUCUGUGAACUGAUUGGCAGUUGAACUGAUCAGUGGGUAGCUGACUGAUGAGGUAAGGUGACCCCCCCCCACCCCCCCACAGUGUCUGUAAGUAUGAGCUGCUGAGUGGCACCUUGAUGUUCAUCUUCUUUAGUUGCUCUCACCUUUCAGUUGGACUCAUUACCCUCCCUUUUUUAUAUCACCCACGUGAGGGGGCGGGGCAGCCCAACAUGUUUUAACACCCCACCCACACGUUUUCAAGUUUUUCUUUGACUAUAUCAGGACUUUAAUUUUGUUAAACUGAUCAAACCAUCGAUAAAUCCAGUAUUGUGGCGGCGCACGGCCACCUGCCUGUGUGGUGUUUUCUGAUUGGCUGAAUGAAUGUGAUAGAGACUGCCUCAGAUGGGGGAUGCCACGGGACGCCGACGGGCUCAGCUGGACUGCUCAUGUGCAAUUUGUUGUUAUAACUAACGAAACACUUGUUCUGUUGUUUUUUUGUACAUCAAAUGUGAUUAAAUUAUUUUCUAUAAAAAUGAA